UACUUUAUUUUUCUCUCAAGAUGUUUCUGCUAAUGAUCCCAUGCUAUCUUCAGUCAAGUUCCUUGGUGCCGGUAUUGAUAAGACAGCUCAGCCCAUUGAAGGAGUGGACAUCACUGUUUGGUCUAAUAAUGACGACUUCUCUGCUAUUGGAUAUGUUGUUGAUCAGUUGGACUCGCUUAUUGAUGAAUGGUUCCCAGGUCUUAAUGAUCUUGAUCUUGAUGGUGAGUGGUUGGUUGAGAGACAGGCUUUGUGGAUUACACCCCCUGAGCUGAAGGAGUCCAUAUCUGCUGAGCCUGGAACAGAGUCUGAGUGCUUCUAUGAUCCACUCAAUCAAGAGGUGUUCAUCUUUAAACUGGAGGACUGUGCUUUAAAGGCUCUACAACAAGAUACAGUGUAUUGUGCUGAUUAUGAUGUUCAUGUCCCUCUCUCCACUCUUGUCCCUGAUCUCCUGAUGACUGACCUUCCUCCUAAUUUAAUAAUAGAUCAGUCUUGCUUUGAAUUCAAUCCGAAAGACCUCUCCACUCGACUGGGAAGAGGAGGAGCAGGUGCUGUCUAUAAAGGGAAGUACAGGAAUGUUCCAGUUGCUGUUAAGGAGUUUCUUACUCAAUCACAAGCUGAUGCUUUCCAAGAUGAAGAUGAACUGCCUCCUGGAGGAAUCCAUACCUACCAUGAUGAUGAUAGUAUAUCUUCAGGGGAAGCACUGUUCCUCUAUCGUGAUAUGAGACAAGAAGUGACAGUGCUGGCUCAACUAUCACAUCCUAACAUUGUAUCAAUAUUAGGUGUAUCACUGAGGCCUAUGUGUAUAGCUCUUGAACUAGCCCCAAUGGGCAGUCUCUUUGGUAUUCUUGACAAGAAACUUGAAGCUAUAAAAACUGCCCAAGCUGACCUGCCUACUGCAAACAUCAAAAUGCCAGGAGGUGUACUAGGCCAUCAGAUAUCAGCUAGAAUUGCUUUACAAGUUGCUCUAGCUACAAGGUAUCUUCAUAAGAUUGGGAUUGUGUAUCGCGACUUAAAAUCCGAUAAUGUAUUGAUCUGGUCACUUGAUGUUAAUGAGUCUGUUAAUGCUAAACUUGCUGACUAUGGAAUAUCAAGGUUUGCUAAUCCAGGUGGUAUUAAAGGUGAGGAGGGUACCCCUGGGUAUAUGGCACCUGAGGCCAUCAAGAGACGUGGAGAAGACCAAGCCUUUGAUGAGAAGGUUGACAUAUUCUCAUUUGGUAUGCUCUUGUUUGAGCUGAUAACUGGCCAGAGACCGUUUGAGUCAAUGUCUACCGGCCAGGAGGUCAAUAGGGCCGUUAUACAGCGAGAGAGACCUCAGGUAUCUGAAGGUAACAUGGAGCCAUCCUUCCCUGGGAUGAUAGAGCUAAUGGAGGACUGCUGGAGACACCUUGCAGCUGAUAGACCAACUGCUGAUGAAGUUGUCCAAAGGAUAUCAGCUCCAGGUUUCCUGUGUCGUCGUCACACUGUCUCAAGAGUCCAGCAGCAUCCUCUACAGAAGAUAGACACCAUAUAUUGUCAGCCAGUCAUCAAUGAAUCAGUCUGUGAAAACACUCAAUACCUCCUGUGGACCUGGUCAAGACAAGACACUGAGAGGAACUUUAGUUUAUUUAAUGUUGCCAAAGGAAUGUUUACAUUACCUGAAAAGCCUUCUGCAGGUGGGCGUGUGUUUGCAAUGGCUACCACUGGAGAGGUAGAGAGACGUCUUUGGGUAGCAACAUCUGUCGCUAGGAACUUUCCAGAUUUUGAGAUACAAGUGUUCAGUUACAAGAAUGCAGUGGAGCCCCCAGUCUACUUAUGGUCAUUCAUUGUGAGAGACUCUGUACUAGACAUGACAACUGUUGUUGAAGGAGGAAGAGUCAAACGUGUUUUUGCGUCACUUGCUAACGGAACUAUAUGCGUAUUCUCUCGUGUUAGCAUCAGCUCACCCCAGCCAUCAGAAGUAGGAGAUGCUCAGGUGAUACCCGAAGCCUGUGUACUGAAAUGCGAAGACGACAAAUACAGGACAGAAGCCGAGGACUGGGGCCAACCCCUCAUCCUCACUCUCUCCGAGGCAGCAAAAGGAAUGUCCAUUAAAUACAUGACGUUUGUCGGGAAGGAUUUCCUCUGGUGCGGGUGUGGCAAUAGCAUAUCAGUCAUCAAUGUGGUCGAGAUGAAAGUUGUAACGUCAAUACCGGUUUUCACGAGACGAGCUCAGCUUAUCAACGAGUUGGUCUCUGACGGUAACAAGGUGUGGGGUAUAGGGCGACAGCUGGCUAAUGUCAUAGAAUGGGACGCUAAGACUUAUACCAUUAACUGCGUCUUUGAUUGCAGUCGUGUCGACCCGACCGGGAAUAUACUUAUCGGCGUUCCAUCAAUAGAGGAAUUCAUACUGCCUGAUAGCAUGAUCAGUACUAUACCUAAAGACUCCGAGAGAAAGAGUCCCUCAGGAUCACCGCAAGACCAACUAGAGAGCAGCACCUCUUCCUUUACCAGCGGGAGCCCACACAAUGACUCCGGCUUUGAAGUAUCCAACGAACCCGAGAAUCCUUCCAAGAUGCCGUACGCAACGUACAAUGCUCGCUUCUCUCGUAGGACCCUCCGAGGCAUCAAGCCACGAGAGAGAACCCACAACAUGUCAAAGCAGGAAGGACGAGGCAUUUUUGCCCCUAGACCCGAGUUUGAUGCACUACAAAAGGCUAAGAUGCGCUCUAUACUUCGCCAGCAAGGAGCAACACGAGUCACGUCCCUACUUCUCGUCCAUGAUACCCUCUGGAUAGCACGUGGUAUGGGUGACGUGCUGGUAGUGGAUAUCAGUGGAGGCAAGAAUCACGGGAUGGCCAUUGCAAGGCUGGCCACGGAGGACAGCAGUAAGUAUGGUAAUCGCUCCAAUCACAAGCUCUGUCUCGUUGGUAAUGAGUUUGUUGUUUCGUCGCAAUGGCUGGAGCCGCUUGACAUGCCCCGACCUCGUGCUCAAACCGAUGCUGGGAUUUUCGGUGAUCAAGUGGACGCCAUAGCUCACCAGCAGCUGACAGUGUGGGGUGCUUGGAGCAACGAGGUCAUUUGUGCUCAGGCUCAGCAGGUUUCUGAUAUGAUAGAGUUGGAUUAUCAAGCUAGCAGUGGCUAUGAGAGUUAAUGUUUGAAUUACUAAAAUAAAUAAUAGCGUGACAUUAAAUAACUAAUCCCUUUAUACACGUCUAGUCUUGACAAUUAUUGUUUUAAUUUUUGGAAUACUCUUCAUGAUAAAAAGUGAAUUAUUUUUUGGUUCGUUUUUGUUCUUUGUUUAUUUUGAAAUAAAACUCUAUUAGUAUAGA